AUGUCCGAGACAACCGAAACCACGAAGUUCCCUCUCUUGGGUGAGGGCAACUACGGCGAGUGGGUGAUCAGGAUGGAAGCGGAGCUGAUCAGGAAGGAGCUGUGGGAGGUGAUGACGAUUGAAACAUCGCCACCGACGGAUGCGACGGAGACGGAGGCAGCAGUCGUACGGUUUGCGACCCGACUGGCGAUGCGGCGAUGCUUCUACAGGGCGGUGAAGGGCCCCGACAAGGCGAUGUCAGCGUGGAUCGGGUGGGUGAAGAAAAUGGCCGCAGAUCUGGAAUAUGCCGGAAUCAAAGUAGAAGAAGAGGACAUGGUGUUGGGACUCACCAUGGGCCUUGGAGAACACUACGACCAGCUCGUAGUCACGCUCGACUCGAUCCCACCCAAACAGCUCACCGUCGCAAAUGUUACAGCGAGACUUCUGAACGAGGAGACCCGCCAGAAGGAUACGGAGGAUGACCGGGAUGCGGUGGCCAUGAUGGCUAAGGCUGGGAAAGGGAAGUGGAAGGCGGCUGCAGGGGGGCGAGAAGCGUAA